AUGAAGAAAAUUGAAAACAAACGAAGUGAACCUGCUCCACAGGAAUCCGAAAGUGACAAAGUGUCUGACAAGACUGAAAGUGAUCAAGUAGCACAAUACGUGCUUUCCACGCAAAAAUCAAGAAAAAGUGUAUUGCUACGAGUUUUACCAGUGACUUUGAAAGAUCCUUCGGGAGAAAUAAACAUGUUCGCGAUUCUAGAUGGUGGAUCAACAAUUUCGUUAAUAAACUCAAAGAUUGCAGAUAGACUAGGAUUAAAAGGACCAGUAGAGCCAUUAAUCGCUACGUGGUAUAACAAUGAGAGUGUAAAAGAAGAUCAUUCAAGAUUGGUCAGCGUCGAAAUUUGUGGAUCUUCUGGAAAAAAGUAUUUACUUCAAGAUGUUCAAAUGACAAAUGCUUUGAAAUUACCGGAACAAUCUAUGAAAAUCGAUCCUGAAAAAUGGCCUCAUUUUAAGAACCUGGACAUCCCUGACCUAGACAAUGCUAUACCCACAAUCAUGAUUGGCGAGGACAACUUGCAUCUGAAACGGAUAAUGCGACAGGUGACAGGUAAAAAUGGUUUACCAUAUGCUUCUCUUACUCCGCUAGGAUGGAUGGUGCACGGACCAUACGACGUUGGACGUGUUGACAAGACAUAUACAUUUUUCAUCCAAAAAAAUGAAGACAUCGAAAUACAUGACACGCUCAAAGAAUUUUGGUCGACGGAAUCUUUUGGAGUUAGACCUUCCGAAAAAAUCUUGAGGUCAAAAGAAGAGCAAAGAGCACGUGACAUACUGGAUCAAACUACUCGUCGAAUUGGAAAUCGUUGGGAAGCAGGACUUUUGUGGAAAGAAGUCAAUUGUGAAUUACCUGAAAGUCGAAAAGCAGCGGAGAAGCGACUUCUUUCAAUCGAGCAAAAAAUGAAGCGUGAUCCAAACUUCGGAGAGAAGUAUGCAGCCAAUAUGCAGUCAUACAUAGAAAAAGGAUAUGCACGACGACUGACGGAAAAGGAAAUAAACGAAGAUAAAAACAAAGUUUGGUACUUACCACAUUUUGCGGCAGUCAAUCCUCAGAAGCCUAAAAAAUUAAGAAUGUUUUUUGUUGCGGCAUCGAAAAGCCACGGGGAAAGCUUGAACGAUCAUCUUUUGAAAGGCCCGGAUUUGCUGAAUUCUCUGCCUGGAAUUCUCUUUAAAUUUCGAGAGAAAAAAGUGGCGAUCGGAGGUGACUUAAAGGAAAUGUUCCACCAGGUUCGGAUUAUAAAGGAAGAUCGCUCCAGUCAACGGUUUCUUUGGAGAGAUAAAGAAACCAAACAAAUAGAUACUUUGGAAAUGAACGUUAUGAUAUUCGGAGCUGUCUGCUCACCUUACACUGCCCACGAGGUGAGAAAUCGAAACGCUCAAGAAUUUCAGAAGAUGUACCCGGAUGCAUGUAACGCAGUAGUGAAUAAACACUACAUGGACGAUUACUACGAUAGUGUUGACACGGUCGAAGAGGCAAUUCAGCGAACAAAGGAUGUCAUCCAUGUGCACCGGCAAGGAGGAUUCGAAGUUCGAAAUUGGACAUCUAAUUCGGAAGAAGUAUUAAAUAGCCUUGAUCCAUCAGUAAUAGCACCAAAGGGAACCAGUCUUGUCUUGACAGGAGAAAAUUAUACUCGAGUGUUAGGAGUGAGGUGGUCUCCAGAAACUGACAGUUUCCUUUUUGUGAUAGACUUUCCGAGAAUAGAUAAAGAAUUAUUUGAAGGAGCAAAACCUCCGACGAAACGAAAAGUUUUAAAAUUUCUAAUGUCUCUUUUUGAUCCUUUAGGACUCUUAGCUAUAUGGACCAUCCAAGCCAAGAUGAUCAUGCAGGAUAUUUUGCGCUUUGGUCCUGGUUGGGACGAAGAACUUCCUGAUGACCUGAAAGAAAAAUGGUUUUCAUGGUUGAAGGACAUUAGAGAUGCUCAGAGCCUACGGAUACCGCGCUGCUACUCUGGAGAUCUGGAUCGAGUUCGAGAUAUUCAACUGCACAUCUUUGCUGAUGCCAGCACGCAAGCGAUGUCGGCGGUGGCUUAUUUUCGACUGGAGGGAGAUUCUGGGAUUAGGACAGUGCUCGUGAUUGCCAAAACUAGAGUCGCUCCUAUCAAGAUUCUAACAGUUCCUCGGUUAGAGUUACAGGCGGUGAUGGCUGUCAGGAUGGCUCCUUUCAUUUCGCAAAAAUAG